ACAGGUGUUCAAUCAAAGCGUGGGACGCACGUCACGCAUGCGCACACCGAGGCACGCAGCUCGGCGCGAGUGCGCAGGCGCCGAACCAAGAGACCCGGAUUGGCGGGCGCAGCACGAACGUAGUCUGCUCGGUGCUGGACUAUGGCUCACAGGCCUCCGAGAACCUUUCGGCGGCGCCGGGCCGAGUCGAGCGACAGCGACGGAGCGGAAGAGCGGUGUGUUGAGGCCCGGGCACCCGCCGAGUGGGCGGAGGAGCGCUUGCCCUCCGCUGGAGGCGGCUUGGAGGAGGCGGAGCGGCCGAGACGGUCCCAGGGCCCUCGGGGACGGGGUCGGGUCUGGGCGAGUUCCCGGCGCGGACCAGGAGCUGCUUCCCGUGGGCACCGCGGCGCGGGCGGCCGAGGUGUCCUAUUUGAAUCCAGAACAGUUGAUCUUUCAACAGAUGAAGAGGAAGGAACACAUCCCUCCUCGGAACAUGGGGAUGAUCAGAGUCCGAUCUCUGACAGCUCUAGCUCUGUGGAAGAAAAAGAAGUUGUUAAGAUCCCCGAUGCAUCUUUUAUUCGGGCAGCCCGCAGAAAACGUGAGUUGGCCAGGGCCCAAAGGGACUAUAUUCCGUUGACUGUAAACCAUAGCUCCACCACCUCUGACAGGAAGAGAAGCGGUGAGGAGGACCCAGAGAGUGAACCUGAUGAUCACGAAAAGAGAAUACUAUUUACCCCGAAGCCUCAGACACUCAGACAAAGAAUGGCUGAAGAAACAACAAAUGAAAAUGAAGAAACAAGUGAAGAGAGUCAGGAAGAUGAAAGUCAAGACAUUUGGGAGCAGCAGCAAAUGAGGAAAGCAGUUAAGGUUGUGGAGGGAAGAAACAUAAACCUUUUCCACAGCAGUGAAUCUCAAGCAGUGAAAAAGUUUGAUACUUCCAUUUCAUUUCCACCAGUAAAUUUGGAAAUUAUAAAGAAGCAAUUAAGUGAUAGAUUAACAUUGCUGCAGACAACUCAUCGCUCACACCAGAGAGAAUAUGAAAAAUAUAUACAAGAUAUCAAGAGCUCAAAGACUGCAAUCCAGAACCUUGAGAGUUCAUCAGAUCAAGCUCUUCAUUACAAAUUCUAUAAAAGCAUGAAAAUUUAUGUGGAAAAUGUAAUUGAUUGCCUGAAUGAAAAGAUUACCAGCAUCGAGGAAAUAGAAUCAUCAAUGCAUGCACUGCGUAUAAAACAAGCUGCAACACUUUUGAAACGCAGGCAAGAUGAGUUAAAAUGUGAAUCAGCAUAUUUACAACAGUUAUCAUACAAAACUGAGACAUCAGCAAAGGGAAGCUUGGCUGUAGAUGAAAAAAAUCAACGGAUUUUAGAAGAGAUUGAAUCUCGAAGGACACAGAGAAGACAGGCAAGGGCGCUUGCUGGCAACUGUGACCACCAGGAAGGGACAUCAAGUGAUGACGAACUGCCUUCCACAGAGAUGACUGACUUCCAGAAAUGCCAAGGUGACAUUUUUCAAGAUUGUAAGAAAAUUUUUGAAGAUGUGCAUGAUGAUUUUUGUAACAUCCAGAAUAUUUUAUUAAAAUUUCAGCAGUGGCGGGAAAAGUUUCCUGAGUCCUACCAUGAAGCUUUCAUUGGUUUCUGCUUACCAAAGCUUUUAAGUCCCCUGAUACGAGUUCAGUUGCUUGACUGGAAUCCUCUUAAGUUGGAUUCCAUAGGUCUAGAACAGAUGCCCUGGUUCACAUCCAUAACAGAAUUUAUGGAUAGCAGCAUGGAAGAUACGACAAAGGAUGAUAAUUCUGAUAAAAAAAUCUUGUCUACUGUAAUCAACAAAACAGUUGUUCCUCGACUUACAGAUUUUGUAGAAUUUAUUUGGGACCCCUUGUCAACCUCACAGACAACAAGCUUAACAACGCACUGCAGAGUGGUUCUGGAAGAACAUUCUACUUCUGAAAAUGAAGUUAGUAAAAGCAAACAGGAUUUACUUAAAUCUGUUAUUGGAAGAAUGAAGAAGGCAAUAGAAGAUGAUGUUUUUAUUCCUCUAUAUCCAAAGCGGUGUGUAGAAGAAAAAACAUCACCACAUUCGAAGUUCCAAGAAAGACAGUUCUGGGCAGCUCUAAAGCUCUUCCAUAAUACUCUUCUUUGGAAUGGACUCCUUCCUGAUGACACUUUGCAAGAUCUGGGACUGGGGAAGCUGCUAAAUCGCUAUCUUAUUAUUGCUCUUACUAAUGCCAUCCCUGGACCAGAUGCUAUUCAAAAGUGCCACCAGGUAGCAGCUUACCUACCAGAAAAAUGGUUUGGAAAUUCUGCUAUGAGGACAUCAAUUCCCCAGCUAGAAAACUUCAUUCAGUUUUUGUUGCAGUCUGCACGUGAAUUAUCGACAAGUGAAUGCAGGAAUGAAAUCACUGAAAUAAUUCUUAUCCUGGUGAAGAUAAGAGCUUUGAAUCAAGCCAAAUCUUUCAUAGAGGAGCAUCACCUGGAGCAUCUAAAGCCAUUAAUGCAGACUUUUGAACAAACACUAUAGAGAGUACUUAAAGAGAGUUUAUGUAUUCGUAUAUAACGCUCAGUACCUUGCUUCUAUACAGCUGGUAUAGAAGCCUCUUCAUUCCCUCUAAUAGAGGAGAGGCUUUGCAGAAGAGCAGAGCUCUUGUCCUCCCUUCCUCUGUGCACCAUUUUUUGCCAUCAUGAAAGACUGUCCUGAGUGCUGUGGUGUCAGAAGGGUUACAUGCACCACAGCAGUGUGUUUCUCUGACUUUUCAGCUGCUUUUCCAAUCUGAGAUGCUGGAGAAGUUUGACACAGCUGCUUUGGCACAGGGAAGCAUGCUAAAGUGUUACAUCUGGAGCUACAAAACAGCUUCAGGUUCGGCUUUCUUUAAACUUAGUGUUUAUGUUAAUAAGGAAAUCUUAAUUAGAAUUAUUUACAGUUAAGGCAUUUUAUAACAUUGUUUUUCAGAACUGAUUUAUUGGACCCACACAAUAUAAUAAUGCCAGUGAAUUGCUACAGUGUAGAUUAUCAUUUAAUACAUUGCAGAUUUGGUAAAUGAAAAGUUGUGAUUAUUUUGUUUACUGAAGGUAUGUUGGAUUGGGUCAUUUGUAAUUUUUUGAACUUUCCACUCAUCUUUUUCUGAAGGUUUAUAAGACUUUCAUAUUUAAAAAUUCAGACUUUUUAUCUUUCCUCUGUGGUAGGUAGUUUUUAAAGAAAACAUUUUU